ACUAUGAAAGGCUUAUAUUUUCAACAGAAUUCCACAAAUCAAGAAAUAACAUUUGUCUUUCAAGAAAGGGAAAAUCUUCCUGUUAUAGAAGAUAACUUUGUGAAACUGCAAGUUAAAGCUUGUGCUCUGAGCCAGAUAAACACAAAGCUUCUGGCAGAAAUGAAGAUGGAGAAAGAUUUCUUUCCUGUUGGGAGAGAAAUUGCUGGAAUUGUAUUAGAUGUUGGAAGCAAGGUAUCAUUCUUUCAACCAGAUGAUGAAGUAGUGGGAAUUUUACCCCUAGAUUCUGAAGACCCUGGGCUCUGUGAAGUUGUUAGAGUGCAUGAGCAUUACUUGGUUCAUAAACCAGAAAAGGUAACAUGGACAGAAGCAGCUGGAACCAUUCGGGAUGGAGUCCUAGCUUACACAGCUCUGCAUUACCUUUCUCAUCUCUCUCCUGGAAAAUCAGUGCUGAUAAUGGAUGGAGCAAGUACACUUGGUACAAUAGCAAUUCAGUUAGCCCACCACAGAGGAGCCAAAGUGAUUUCAACAGUAUGCAGCCUGGAAGACAAGCAGUGCCUGGAGAGACUUAGGCCUACUAUAGCCCGAGUGAUCGAUGUAUCUAAUGGAAAAGUCCAUGUUGCUGAAAGCUGUUUGGAAGAAACAGGUGGCCUGGGAGUAGAUAUUGUCCUAGAUGCUGGAGUGAGAUUAUUUAGUAAAGAUGAUGAACCCGCUGUAAAAUUACAACUACUACCACAUAAGCAUGAUAUCAUCACACUGCUAGGUGUUGGAGGCCAUUGGGUAACAAGAGAAGAAAACCUUCAGUUGGAUCCACCAGAUAGCCACUGCCUUUUCCUCAAGGGAGCAACAGUAUCUUUCCUUAAUGACGAAGUAUGGAAUUUGUCAAAUGUACAACAGGGAAAAUAUCUUUGUAUCUUAAAAGAUGUGAUGGAGAAGUUAUCAACUGGUGUCUUUAGACCUCAGUUGGAUGAAUCCAUUCCACUAUAUGAGGCCAAAGUUUCCAUGGAAGUUAUUCAAAAAAACCAAGGAAGAAAAAAGCAAGUUGUUCAAUUUUAA